GUGGUUAACAAGGACGACCACAAACCUAUAGAUUCUUACAUUAUCUACAGUCAUCAUCAUCUUCAUCAACCCAUAACCAAAAAUACAAAACACAAAACACUAAACACAAAACUUUCCUUCCUUUUUUCAUCUCUUUCUCAUUAUUCUCUCUACAAAAAGCUCUACUACUAUCCUUCUUCCUUUUUGCAUGAAAUUUUAGACCAAAGUCUAACAACAAUAUUCAACUCUUAAAUCUCAAGAAAUAUGCAAAAGCACUAAAGCUAACUAGAUGUUUGAGAAAUGGACAUAAGCAGCAACACAACCACUGCCAUAGCCGCUACUGUCAAAAGCACUGAAGCUGAACCCGAAACCCCAAUUCGGAUCCAACCCGCUAAGCCCAUUUCUUUUAGCAACGGUGUCCUCAAACGCCAUAAUUCUCUUCAUCUUCCCCACCACCAUGGUUUUAACAACAACCACCACCACCACGCGGUGGUUGUUACUUACAAGGAAUGUUUGAAAAAUCACGCUGCCAGCUUAGGUGGUCACGCCGUUGACGGUUGUGGGGAAUUUAUGCCCUCUCCCACUGCUAAUCCGGUGGACCCUACUUCGCUUAAAUGCGCUGCUUGUGGCUGUCACCGCAAUUUUCACCGCCGCGAGCCGGAAGAGCCAGUACUCCCGAAUCAGAACCCUAUUCCGGCGUUAGAGUACCAACCUCACCAUCGCCACCACCCUCCUCCACCACCGCCGCCGCAUCAUGGUGGAAGUGGAGGCCACAGUAGCCCUAAUUCCCCAUCUCCACCUCCGAUCUCCUCUGCUUAUUACCCCGCCUCUGCACCCCACAUGCUCCUUGCUCUCAGUGCUGGAUUGUCUGGCCCACCUGCUGAGAAUAAUCCGCUAAUUUCCCCAUCUUCAAACCCAAUGUCAUCUGUUCAUUUAACAAACCCUAAUGGGAGUGGGAGAAAGCGAUUCAGAACUAAAUUCACGCAAGAUCAGAAGGAGAGAAUGCUGGAAUUCGCCGAGAAAGUUGAGUGGAAAAUACAGAAACGAGAUGAAGAGCUGAUUAACGACUUCUGCAGCAAAAUCGGAGUUGAAAAAGGGGUUCUUAAGGUAUGGAUGCACAAUAACAAGUGCAAGAAAGAUCAAGCCACCGCCGCUGCCGCUGUUAACGCCGUCGCUUCCACCAACAACCUCAAUGGUAAUAAUGCUAACGGUUUUGGUUUUAUUAGUAGAAAUAACACUGACACUAUUGCUUCUGAGUUACAUCUUCACCAUCAAAGCAGCAAUGACAAUGACAAAGACCAUACCCACCAACUUCAUAACAACGAUAGUGUUAGUGUUCAUGGUGUUACCACUAAUGGAUCUUCUUCUUCAUCUUAAUCUUCGAAUUAAUUGGUGGAUAAAAUAAGGCUUAUGUUAAGUAUUAGUUCUAGAAUGAGAAGCAAAGGAAAUUUCAGGCUGCUACUAUUAGUUUAUGUUACUCCUAUUAGUUUUUUCUUUCCUCUGUUCGUAAAAAUUAGCGUUAAGAACUUGAUGAUGAUAACGAUGGAGAGAUAUUGUUCCAAUGAGCAAUUUAAUUUGUUUAUUUCCUUUUCCUUCAUGCCCACUGUAAACUACACUAAUUAUGUCUUUGUUGAUUGACAUAAGUGUUUUACCUUUACUAAUUUGGGCUU